ACAAAUGAUUUUAACCAUUACAAUAGAUCGCUGGCAUACAAUGCCGAGCUUGCAAAUCACCUUUUUAUUGUUCGUCUGCCAGUUUUUAACUCCAGCUUUAUCAUCGGACAAAGUCAGACUUACAGAUAUCAAGACUCUUUCGUUCCACAAUGGGGCCUACACUACUGGUCGCAGAUCCCGUCCAGUGCCUCAAAUGACUUGUAUUUCCGGAUCCGCUUGUGGCCAGAGUUCCUUCAAACCAUCAUCUGCCCAAUGUUACAACCAAGGAUCAGACGGGUUCGAUGUACAAUGGAAAUGCUCGGCCGAUUUGGACAACUCAGUUAGGUUUGGUCAGACUAUUGUUACUUGUGAAGGCUAUGAUUACCCUGACGAUCCCUACGUCCUGAAAGGAUCAUGCGGCUUGGAAUACGCUCUGGAAUUAGUGAACCCUGGGGCGCACUCCGGAUACCAAGGAAGCUCUUACAAUUCCAACAACCACAAAGGAAGUAACGAUGAAGUACCAAGUGCAUUGUCAGGAUUCGGAUCUCUGAUUUUGUGUGUGGGAUUUAUAAUGUUUGUUUUGUGGAUGUGUUCUUCUGGCACGCCUGGUAGCGAUGAAGGUGGUUCUAGCGGCAGAUCAUCAGGGUACCCUGGAGGGGGAGGUGGCGGUGGGGGAGGAAUGGGAUGGCAUCCUCCAGAUCAAGGGCCCAGGCCCCCACCCUAUGGCGACCCCGGUUUUGAUGGUGGCGACACAUGCGGGGGUAAUUCUUUUUCGAAUCCUGGCUUCAAUUUUGGCGGCAACAAUCGUGCUGGAGCUUAUCGUAGACCUAACCAAAAUGGACCUGGUUUCUGGUCUGGAAUGGCGACUGGAGGACUUAUGGGGUACAUGUUUGGAGGAAACAGGAACAGUGGUUAUGGAAAUAACUAUGCAACUCAUAACUAUAGUCGUCCAGGACCAUCUCAUGGAUCUUCGUGGGGGUUUGGAGGAGCAUCAUCGGGACAGUCUUCGAGUGGAGCUGGAUUUUCUGGAGGAUCCCGGAACGCAACUGGUUUUGGCGGUACACGACGGAGAUAGAAAGACAAAGAUAAACUGGAAGUUUUAUGAAAUUAAAUCCUCGUAAAUAUUUAAGAUUGAGCUCCCUAAUACUGUAGUAUAAAUUAGAAAGACUGCGUAAUUAGUAUUUGAUUCAAGUAGUUUAAUUUCAGUUUGUAUUUUUUUUCAUAUU